UAAAAUUGAUGUUUCUUUAAAUUGAGUACUUGUUUUCAAAUUUUCAACGUUCCGAAAAUUUAAAAAUCCCACUUCUUUGAAUUGAGUGUUUUCAAAUUUACAACGUUCCAAAAGCUGAUAUAGUCUGCGUCUUUAAAUUUAGUGUUUUCAAAUCUACAAUGUUCCAAAAACUUAAAAAGCCCGCUUCUUUAAAUUGAUUAUUUUCAAAUUUACAACGUUCUGAAAUGUUAUAAAGCUCACUCCUUUAAAUUAAGUGUUUUCAAAUUUCAAAUGUUCAAAAAUUUAAAAAGUUUUACCGUUAUUUCAAAUCGAGCGUUUAUUUUCAAACUUUCAACAUUCCAAAAUCUUCAAAUUCAAAUAUUAGGAAACAAGUCCAAACCCACAACCCGACCCGAUAAUCCGAACCUGAUCCAUAUUAUAUAUAUAUAUAUAUCACCUCCUUCGUCUAGUUAAUCGUCUCUCUCUCUCUCUUCUCUCUCUUCUCUCUCUCUAUAUAUACAUAAUAUAUAUAAAGAAAUUCAUAAUAGAGAACCGCCGAAUCCUUGUUUUGUUUCCUCAAUUUUUUUGCCGCCGCAGGUAGAGAGAAUCGAUAUGCCUGAGAAAAUCGUGCGCCGACGUCAGCAAGUCGUAUCAAUGACGAGUAGUAGCAGCAGCGGCGGCGCCGGCGCCGGCGGUGGUUCCGCCUUCAUCUCCAGUUCUGAUUCCGAUUCCGAUUUCGACGAUGCCACGUGGCCGCGCAAGAAGCUGAGAGUCGAAUCGAUUCUGCCCGCUGGAUUUCUCGAUCCGAUUUCCGAUCGGACGGUCGAAAUUAACGGCGCGAAAAUCGUGAACCCUGCGAAGAAUUGUUCGAAAGAGAAAGUCGUGAAGAAAGAGAGAGGAGUUACUACACUCGCUUUGGCCAGGAAUUGCCGCCAGUUUUGGAAAGCCGGCGACUACGACGCCGACUGCGGCGGCGCCGUCGCGACCUCCGCCGCCAAUGACCGAUUUUCCGAUGUUGACAUGGAUCAUGUUAGGGUUCAUCCAAGAUUCUUGCAUUCAAAUGCUACAAGCCAUAAAUGGGCUUUGGGAGCUUUUGCAGAGCUUCUCGAUAAUGCUCUAGACGAGGUUUGUAAUGGAGCAACAUAUGUGAGCGUUGAUGUGCUCGAGAACGAUAACAAUAGCCACAAAAUGGUGGUAGUUCAAGACAACGGCGGCGGCAUGACUCCAAAUAAAAUGCGCCAAUGCAUGUCCCUCGGCUAUUCGGCGAAGAGCAAAAUGGCGAACACAAUCGGACAAUACGGUAAUGGCUUCAAGACUAGCACGAUGAGGCUCGGCGCAGAUGUUAUCGUGUUCUCACGGUGUCGAGGAAUGUACGGAGAAAAGCCUACACAAAGCAUCGGAUUGUUGUCCUACACAUUCUUGCAGAACACCGGGAAAGAAGAUAUAGUCGUUCCAAUGAUCGAUUAUGACCGAGGGGAAAGGACUUGGAUCAAACACGAAAAAUCUUCCGCUCACUCUUGGCAACGAAAUCUCGAAAUCAUCCAGCAAUGGUCGCCGUUCGACAACUACAAAGAUCUUCUUCGUCAGUUCGAUUUCUUGGAAGAACAAGGAACCCGGAUCAUAAUCUACAAUCUCUGGGAAGACGACGAGGGAUCGCCUGAAUUGGAUUUCGACACAGUCGAACAUGACAUACAAAUUCGAGGAGCCAGCCGAGACGAGAGCCAGAUAGAGAAUUCGGAACUAUACCCGAGCUCGAGACACUUUUUCACUUAUCGCCAUUCGCUGAGGAGCUAUGCUGCCAUUCUGUACCGCGAGAUUCCACCCGGAUUUCGCAUCGUCUUACGGGGCAUUGACAUCGAGCAUCACGAUAUAAUCGACGAUAUGAUUUACCCCCAAGAGAUGCAUUACAAACCGGCAGUUCACGCAGCAUCGAAAGAUCCGAACGUAAGCCUUUGCAUACGUACAUUUGUCGUUUUUUUCCCGAUUUCACGUCUUUUCUUGUUCGAUUUCCUUGCAUCGACUCAGAUGUCCGCGACGGGGGUGAUUGGAUUCAUCAAAGACGCGAAACACCAUAUCGACGUUCAAGGAUUCAACGUAUACCACAAGAACCGCCUUAUCAAGCCUUUCUGGAGGGUUUGGAACCCAGCCGGAAGCGACGGCAGAGGAGUCAUCGGUGUCCUCGAAGCGAACUUUGUCGAGCCAGCGCACGAUAAACAGGGAUUCGAGCGAACGACCGCCCUGUCUCGACUCGAGUCGAGACUUAUGACCAACCAGAAAAACUACUGGUCCCGGAAUUGCCAUCUCAUCGGCUACGCUCAGCGGCGCGGGCCCAAGAACUGUGCUUCACCCGAGCCAGAAGCUUCGACUGGCGGUAAAAACAAAUCCGGCCGUAGGAAAAACAAGACGACGAUCAUCAGCGACGAUGCUUCCGCAGAAUUGUCGCCGGAGCCGGGUGGCGCAUCUUUGCCGGAGCCAAGUCCGAUAUCUUCGGUGAAAGCACAAAUGGCGUCUCCGAGGACAGGGCGGAUGAGCUUUCGAUUUGAAACGCAGAUUGUUAGGAGACCUAGAAGCAUUCGAAUCGCUUCGCCUCUGAAGAAAACUUCGAGAACAGAGACUGCAACGGUUCCGAUCAAGAUCAAUGAGACCGCCUCGACCGAUUCGAAAGGAGGCGAACCGGAGGCGGCGACGAUUAUUCCUGUUACAAGUGAAGAUCUUCAUAAGCUUAGACAGGAGAAUGAAAAUUUGACGAUUAGUUUAAGGAAUGCUCUGGAAGAUCUACAGCACCAAAAGGACGAGAACAAUUUGCUACAAACUCAGCUCGAAGAGGCGAAUCGAAAGGUGGAACAGUUGGAUCGAGAAGAGGAAAUGUUUGUGAGCUCAUUUGCAGAAGAAAGAAGGCGACGCGAUGAAAAUGAAGCGACAAUCAGGAAGAAAUUACAGGAGGCUUCGGAAACCAUUGAAGCGUUGCUGGAGAAGGUGAAGAAGAUGGAUGCCGCUGCAGCUGCAAAUGCGUGCCGCCAUAACCAUUGCCGCUAGGGCUUUUUCAUAUAAACGUACUAAGUCAAUAACUUUUUUAAAAAAGAGU